AUGUGCAGGUUCAUGAUAUUCAAAGGAAGAGAGCUGAUGGUUCUAUCAGACCUAUUGACCAAACCAGCUCACUCCAUAAUCAACCAGUCAUUCGACUCGAGACUACGAUUAGACAUGCGCAACCCCAUCAACGGUGAUGGAUUUGGUGUAGGGUACUACACCGAGCACAACGAGCCAUGCAUCUUCAAAGCCAUCACACCAGCAUGGAACAACGUUAACUUGAACAACUUGUCUCAAUGCACUGAGUCAGAGUUGGUGUUUGCCCAUGUGCGUGCUUCUACACAAGGUGUGUUAUCGGAAACAAAUUGCCACCCAUUCAGUUAUGGCAAGUUGAUGUUUAUGCAUAAUGGCGGUAUUUCGUGCUUCAACUUGAUUAAAAAGAAGCUUAUAAACCAUUUGGAUGAUAAGUACUUCCUCUUUAUACAAGGAUCUACCGACUCAGAGUGUUGCUUCGCCUUGUUUCUUGAUACAUUAGACAAAAUGGGAUAUGAUCCGCUGUCAAGAGAUACGAAAUUUUCUCAUACGAUUUUAAAAGGAGCCAUUCUAAAGACUAUUGAGUUGAUUAAGAACUGGCAAACUGAAGUAACUUCGGAACCGUCUUUGUUGAAUUUUGCUGCUACUGACGGCGAGUCUAUUGUCGUGAGCAGAUACAUCACCUCAAAGACAGAUGAAGCGGCAUCGCUACAUUUCAGCACCGGGUCGAAAUUCUUUGAAUACCAACCGGGCCUUUUCAAAAUGGAAAGGUUGAAUCGAUCACAGGAUGUCAUUUUCGUUGCCAGUGAGCCACUAACUUUUGAACGAGGUGACUGGUUGUGUGUACCAACCAACACACUAAUAACCAUCACAAACAAAAACACCGUCUUGAUGCAUCCCAUAGAAGACGAAUUUUACGACGGCGGAGUUGGUGAAAGAUCAUCUGGAUUCGCAAUGAGUAAAGGAUUAAUGGGAGGAGUACCACCCUCGGAGGAAGAUCAUGCCAAAUCAGAAAACGGCAUCGCCGUCAAUGGUGAUGGCAACCCAAUAAUGCAACAAGUACCACCACUAGAAAGGGAAGGAAGAGCCAAUUUCAAGGCAACAGUCCAUUAA